AUGCUACGAAACCCCAAAGUCACCUUGGAGAUCGAUCUGGACGAAGGCGCCUGGAGCCAGGUCCCCCAACACUACAGGCCCCUUCUAAUGGCCAUGGUCGAGUUCUCCAUCACUGGUGUACAGCUGGAGAAAGACCUCGAGGAUCAAAGGGAGGGGCUGACGAACAAGGAAGAAAGGUAUCUCCUCCGCCAUGGGUCAACAGUGAGGGAUGAGAUUACUGGAAUGAAUCGCCACAGACCAACAGACCACAGCUAUGGAUGGAAAGCCUCUAUUGUCGAGAAUGGAACGCCUCGAAGGACGAUAUGGGAAGGAUGA